AUGUUGUGUUUCCUUUAUCGCUGCUCGUUUAGAAAGAAAACAAAUGUAUCUUCUUUCAGGUUAUUAGGGAACUCGUUUCUGGAAUUGUCGUACCGAAGUCUACUUAAAGCUACUGAUGGGUUCUCUCCAGCCAAUUUGAUUGGCGUCGGUGGCUUUGGGUCAGUGUAUAGAGGAACUAUUGAUCAUGGAGAAAAAGUUGUUGCAAUUAAGGUACUAAAUCUUCAAGCCGCUGGAGCUUCCAAGAGUUUCAUAGCCGAGUGUAAAGCCUUGAAGAAUAUCAAACACCGAAAUCUUGUUAAGGUGCUCACAGCAUGUUCAAGUGUUGAUUAUCAAGGCAAUGAUUUCAAAGCUCUCGUAUAUGAAUUCAUGGUCAAUGGAAGCCUCGAGGAGUGGUUGCAUCCAAAUGAGAAUGGACAUGGGGUGCGUAAUGAGUCAAGAAGUUUAAAUCUUUUUCAGAGGUUAAACAUUGCAAUUGAUGUUGCUUCUGCACUUGAUUAUCUCCACCAUCAUAUCUCAUAA